AACAAAUUAAAAGGAAAGAAAGGAAAAUAAAAUGGAGCUUCGAGGAGAGCAGGUAGAGAGUUAGUUGAUCGUAGGGUUCUAACGGAUUCGUCAGUGGAAUUGCUUGAUUUAUCCUGUUUGACUCUGAUUAUGGGAGUCCUGUUAGUGGCGUUGGACAGGUGAAUCUCUAGGAAGGGAGUUGUUUGUUCAUCGUGGUAGAUUAUCAUGUCUGGACUAGAGGAGUUGAAGAAGAAGCUCACGCCACUAUUUGAUGCCGAAAAGGGCUUCUCCGCUGGAUCGACCUUGGACCCUAGCGACUCUUAUAUGCUGUCAGAUGAGGGAACUGUUAACUUAUUGAGCAGAUCAUAUGGAGUGUACAACAUAAAUGAGCAUGGAUUGCAAAAAUGCAGCGGCAGCGGCAGCGGCAGCAGCAGCGGCAGCGGCAAUUCUUGGUCAGUAGAUGAGGACCACAGUGAAAAGACUUAUCGGUGUGCCUCCCAUGAGAUGAGGAUUUUUGGUGCCAUAGGCAGUGGUGCUAGCAGUGUGGUUCAAAGAGCGAUUCAUAUUCCCACCCAUAGAAUUCUCGCCUUGAAGAAGAUUAAUAUUUUUGAAAAAGAAAAAAGACAACAGCUUCUUACUGAGAUACGGACACUCUGUGAGGCACCUUGCUCUCAGGGUCUUGUUGAAUUCCAUGGGGCAUUUUAUAAUCCUGACUCUGGGCAAAUAAGCAUAGCCUUGGAAUACAUGGAUGGUGGAUCACUUGCAGAUAUUUUACGUGUGCAGAAAAGUAUACCUGAGCCUGUGCUUUCAUCUAUGUUUCAAAAGCUUCUGCUUGGACUAAGCUACUUGCAUGGUGUUAGACAUUUAGUUCACAGAGACAUCAAACCAGCAAAUCUGCUGAUUAAUCUCAAGGGGGAACCCAAAAUAACUGAUUUUGGCAUAAGUGCUGGCCUUGAGAAUUCAAUGGCGAUGUGUGCUACGUUUGUUGGAACUGUCACAUACAUGUCGCCUGAGCGAAUUCGAAAUGAGAAUUAUUCCUAUCCUGCUGACAUUUGGAGCCUUGGUCUAGCUCUCUUUGAGUGUGGUACAGGUGAAUUUCCGUAUACAGCUAAUGAGGGACCUGUCAAUCUGAUGUUGCAGAUCUUGGACGAUCCAUCGCCAUCACCAUCUAAACUAAAAUUUUCGCCGGAGUUCUGCUCAUUCAUUGAUGCAUGCCUACAGAAGGAUGCAGAUGCAAGGCCAACUGCUGAACAGCUUCUUUCACACCCAUUUAUUACAAAGUAUGAGCAUGCAAGAGUAGACUUGGCAGAUUUUGUUAGAAGCGUCUUUGAUCCAACACAAAGGAUGAAGGAUUUGGCAGAUAUGUUGACGAUACACUAUUACUUACUUUUUGAUGGAACUGAUGAAAUUUGGCGGCAUGCAAAGACCUUAUAUAAUGAAGGCUCAACUUUUAGUUUCUCUGGGAAACAAUCUAUUGGUCCAAGUGAUAUCUUUGCGACUAUAUCAAAUAUUAGGAGCACGCUAGCUGGUGACUGGCCUGCUGAAAAACUCGUGCAUGUUGUAGAAAGACUUCAGUGUCGUGCUCAUGGACAAGAUGGAAUUGCGAUCCGUGUAUCAGGAUCCUUCAUAGUCGGAAAUCAGUUUCUUAUUUGUGGAGAAGGUUUACAAGCAGAGGGCUUGCCGAACAUCAAGGAUCUUUCAGUAGAUAUUUCCAGUAAGCGGAUGGGUACAUUCAAGGAGCAGUUCAUCAUGGAACCAGGCAAUCUCAUUGGACGUUAUGUCAUAGCCAAACAAGAGCUUUACAUCAUGCAGUAGAACUUCUGAGGACAAUAAUGGCUCCUCUGAGGUGAGGUUGAUGAAGAUUGGUUUUUUUCUGGACUAAGGAAAUUGAACUAAGCUCCCCCUCAAAUAAGGACCGUCUCCCCCUUUGGCACGCAUUCUACAUGGCAUCAGUUGUGGGAUCACCUAAGUGCCUGUGAAGAAUGGUAUCCUGGGGAUGACUGAGUAGCGCUCAUAUUCUGGAGAAGCUCAUUUGCCAUGUAAUGUGUCUGCACAUUCUUUCCCUUUGUACCCCUUUUUUGGAGGGUGCAAUUGAACAACAAAACCAAUUGCAGAUGUAUAUUUAUAUUUAUAUAGGGAUCGCAUGAAACAAUUGAAUCGAUCCUUCUCUGAGGACUCAAGUGUCAUGAAAGUUAUCACGAAGUUCACUAUCCAAGCCCCUCUGGUAAUUUACUACAGGAGAGUCAGAGACUGGAAGGGUGAAUCCACUUAAUUGUAGCUUAGAUAUGUUAGCAGUCUCUUUUGAAAGAAAGUAAUCCACUAUGUGUGGCAAUGAAAUGUAAAGCA